AUGGAGCGGCAGCAGGAGCUGAAGGUGCUGCUGAAGCGUUGGGAAGCGGAAUUCCUGCGGGAGCGGCAGCGCAAACCCAGCCAGGCCGACAUCGAGGAGGCUCCAGAGGAAACUCGCAGGCUGUACCGGGAGUACCGGGAGCUGAAACGGCUCCAGAAACCCCCAGGGAAGGCAGAAAAUCCUGGGGCACAAAAAUCCCCAAAGGAGGAGCAGGAGGAGGAUUUGGGGUGUUGGGGCUCCCACCUGAACAGAGCCCCCCAAACCCCCCGGGCCCGGCAGCCCCGGGCGGGAAAUUCCCAAUUCUGUGGGAUCCGACUCAAACACAAACUGGGACCCACUGGGAAGAAAAUAAUCCUAAAAAUUCCCAAAAAUUCCCAGAAAAAAAAUCCCAAAUUUUCCCCAAAUUCCCCCGAAUUUUUGGCCCAAAAUCCCCAAUUUUUCCCCAUUUCUGGAAAAUUCCAGCGGCUCCAGCGGAGCGUGGCCAAAACUUUUUGCUCUCUGGACCCCGCCUGGAUCCAGAGGGUGGAGGAAUCCCAGAAAAUUUGGGAAUCCCAAAAAAACGAAAAGGAAAAAUCCCAAAAUGGAUCUGGAGGAUUCCUGAAGGAGGAAGAGGAGGAGGAAGAGAAACCCAAAGCCACGCGCAGAGCUCGAGCUCCGCCCCGAGGCAAUUUCGUCCGCCUGAACCUGAAGAGAAAAUCGUAUUCCCGCGCAUCCAUGAGGGGAAAAUUCCUCCGCAAACAGGUUUGGAAGCAAAAAUGGAGAAAAAAGUUCGGGGGCGGAGCCGAUGUUUGCUUCCGGUGUGGCGGGAAGGGGCACUGGGCCUCGGAGUGCCGAGGGAAGGAUUUGGGAUCAUUCCCAGAAGAAAUCCCCCAGGAGAAGCCGCUCCUCACUCUGGAUGAAGCGGCCCAAAGAACCAACGGAGAUUUUACCCCAGAAAUUCCUGAUGGAUCCAGCACAGAGAAUUCCCAGCUCCCUUUGGAUUCCCUGGAUUUCCCUAAGCCAGAAUUCUCCCCCCCAUCCCCUCCCCCACCCCCCCUGGAUCCCCUUUACCCCCCAAACCCCGAUGGGACCAUCCCAGAUCCCCCUGAGGAGGUGCUGGAGGCUCUGAGGACUUUGGGGUUCGAUUCCUUCAGGCCUGGCCAGGCCGAGGCCGUCAUGAGGGUCCUUUGUGGAAUCUCCACGCUGCUCACGCUGCCCACAGGCUCAGGCAAAUCCCUCUGUUACCAACUCCCUUUUUUCCCACCCUUUUCCCCAUAG